ACCAGCUAAGAAUUUCGCCAAAUCUCCAAAAAAGGAAAAAGAAAAUAAUGUUAAACUAAGAAGGUCGGUCUUAAAUUCACAUGUAGCUGAUCCCGAACGCUGCAAAUUGUGGUGGGGCAGUAAUCAGUUCAUGGUCCCAUCACUCUUACUAUAAUAAACAGGGCCCUAAUCAAUAUCAUAAAAGUUAGGAAUUUCAUUUUCAUGAGUCUUUUAUCUUCAAAUUUGGCUUUUUCCUGCUGAUACUUAAGUAUUGUGUCUCUGAAGAUUAUGGGUUUUGAAGAGGUGUUUAUGGAGGAGAUAAAGAAAUAAUCAACCAGAAUUUUUCUUUUGUUUUAGCAAGAGGGAAUAUAGUUCUUUAUUGACCCUUAUCUUGUUUUCUGCUUAAAGAUGCUGCCUUUCUCUAGAAGAGAAUCGAAAUCUGCGGUUGAAAGGUUGAAACUUUGUUGUAAUUCCCAUGGGUUGAUUGAUUCAAGGAUCUUGAUUGUUUAGAGUACGCAUAAAGAGGGAAAUUGAAAGAAAAGAAUUGUGAAAAAUGUCAUCUAGAUCGACUAGCAGAACCCAUUGUUCGAGGAGCAGUUCUUCACGAUUGAAACGCGAUGCUCGUGUGGUUUCGCAAACCCCAAUUGACGCAAAGCUUCAUGGCGACUUCGAAGAAUCCGAAAGACUGUUUGACUACUCUACUUCCAUUGACGUCAAUGCAUCAACUUCAACCAGCAAUGUCCCUUCAUCGACUGUAUCAGCUUACCUUCUGAAAAUGCAAAGAGGAAGUCAAAUUCAGCCUUUCGGAUGCAUGAUUGCAGUCGAUGAACAAACCUUAACCGUGUUAGCCUACAGUGAAAACGCCCUCGAGAUGUUGGAUUUAGCUCCACAUGCAGUUCCAAACAUCGAACAACAAGAAGCUUUAACUUUUGGAACAGAUGUCCGUACCCUCUUUAGAUCUUCAAGCGCAUCCGCUCUUCAAAAAGCAGCGAACUUUCCAGAAAUUAACCUUCUCAAUCCUAUAUUAGUUCAUUGCAGGAGUUCAGGUAAACCAUUUUAUGCAAUUUUACAUAGAAACGAUGUGGGAUUGAUCAUAGAUUUGGAGCCUGUGAAUCCCGCUGAUGUCCCUGUAACAGCUGCUGGAGCUUUAAAGUCUUAUAAGCUUGCAGCUAAAGCGAUUUCAAGAUUACAAUCUUUACAAAGUGGGAAUAUAUCCCGAAUGUGUGAUGUUUUGGUUCGUGAAGUGAGUGAGUUGACUGGGUAUGACCGGGUUAUGGUUUACAAAUUUCAUGAAGAUGAACAUGGUGAAGUUAUUGCAGAGUGUCGAAAGCCUGAUCUUGAACCUUAUCUUGGGUUACAUUACCCUGCUACUGAUAUCCCUCAAGCUUCAAGAUUUCUUUUUAUGAAAAACAAAGUUAGAAUGAUUUGUGAUUGUUUAGCUCAAUCUGUGAAGGUGGUUCAAACCAAGAAUUUACCUCAGCCUUUGAGUCUUUCAGGGUCUGCUUUGAGAGCUCCUCAUGGAUGUCAUUCACAAUACAUGGCAAACAUGGGGUCGAUUGCUUCUCUUGUGAUGUCUGUCACCAUUAGUGAUGGUGAUUAUGAUGAUGAAGAAGAUGAUGAAAACGAAUCCGAAAGUGGGAUAAAUCAGCAAAAAGAAGAAAAGGGAAAAAGAUUAUGGGGUUUAGUUGUUUGUCAUCAUUCAACUGCUCGAUUCGUCCCAUUCCCUUUGAGGUACGCGUGUGAGUUUUUGAUUCAAGUUUUCGGUGUUCAAAUAAACAAAGAAGUCGAAUUAGCUGCUCAAUUACAAGAAAAACACAUCUUGAAGACACAAACUGUACUUUGUGACAUGCUUCUAAGAGAAGCACCAAUUGGAAUCAUGACACAAUCACCUAAUGUCAUGGAUCUUGUUACAUGUGAUGGUGCUGCUCUUUACUACAAAAACAAGUUUUGGUUGUUGGGAAUCACUCCUAAAGAAUCACAAAUUAAAGAUAUAGCACAUUGGCUUCUUCAAGAACAUGAAGGGGGGACAGGGUUAAGUACAGAUAGUCUCAUGGAUGCUGGAUACCCGAAUGCUUUAGUUUUAGGAAAAGCGGUUUGUGGAAUGGCUGCUAUCAAGAUUACUUCAAAAGAUUUUCUUUUUUGGUUUCGAUCCCACACUGCAAAAGAAGUGAAAUGGGGAGGUGCAAAACACUAUCCGGAGGAUAAAGAUGAUGGAAGAAAAAUGCAUCCGAGGUCAUCAUUCAAGGCGUUUUUGGAAGUUGUCAAGAAUAGGAGUUCACCAUGGGAAGAUGUGGAAAUGGAUGCCAUUCAUUCUUUACAAUUGAUUUUGAGAGGAUCUUUACAAGAUGAUGAGGACAAGCGUGGUGGUGGUGGUGAUGAUGAUGAUGAUAAUGAUAAGAAGAUUGUGAGUGUUCCAACCGUUGGAUCGAGCAUACAAAGGGUUGAUGAACUGCGUGUUGUGACUAAUGAAAUGGUUAGGUUGAUUGAAACCGCUUUGGUUCCUAUAUUUUCGGUUGAUGGGUAUGGAAAUAUUAGCGGGUGGAAUGAUAAAAUAGCCGAAAUUACCGGAUUGCCAUUGGACCAAGCGGUUGGUGUCCCGUUGGUCAACUUGGUUGUCAGUGAUUCGAUUGAUAAAGUCAAAGUCAUGCUUUCAUCCGCCUUACAAGGCAUCGAGGAGAAAAAUCUUGAAAUCAAACUAAAAUGUUUCGGUAGCCAAGAAAAAAAUGACCAUAUUACCCUCAUUACUAACGCGUGUUGUAGCCGUGAUUUGAAUGAAGCGAUAGUGGCGGUAAGCUUUGUGGGACAAGAUUUAACGGCUCAAAAGUUAAUCACGGAUAAAUACACAAAUGAAGGCGAUUAUUCUAGUAUUAUCCGUAGCCCGUGUCCACUUAUUCCACCAAUUUUCAUGAUGGAUGAAUAUGGUAAAUGCUCGGAAUGGAAUGAAGCAAUGCAAAAAAUUACGGGGUUACGGAGGGAAGAAGCUUACAAUCGUAUGCUUAUCGGUGAAGUUUUCACCGUUGGUAGUUUCGGUUGUCGAGUCAAAGGCGAAGAUUCUUUGACCCGACUCAGAAUACUGCUAAACGAGGUGAUUUCGGGGUUGGAUGCGGAUAAAUUGAUGUUCGGUUUUUUUGAUCAAAAUGGUAAGUAUGUUGAAGCGUUACUUUCGGCUAACAAAAGGGUUGAUAAAGAUGGAAAAAUUACGGGGGUUUUGGGGUUUUUACAUGUAACAAGCCCCGAGCUUCAACAUGCCAUGAUGGUGCAACGAAGGUCCACACAAGCUGCUUUGAAUAGUCUUACAAAGGUGACUUACUUGCGCCAUGAACUCAAGAGUAGUUUAAAUGGGAUCAAAUGUAUUGAGGAUUUGAUGGAAUCUUCGGAGUUGGGUAGAGAGCAAAGACAUAUUUUGCGUAAGAGCCAUUUGUGUAGAGAACAAUUAGCACAAAUUGUCAAUGAUGCAGAUAUCGAAAGCAUUGAAGAAUGUUAUAUGGAGAUGAAAUGUGCGGAGUUUAAACUUGGUGAGUCUUUAGAGGUGGUUUUGAAUCAAAUCACGAGUUUGAGCCGAGAGAGGAAGGUGGAGGUGGUGUAUGAUGCACCCGAUCAAGUGUUGUCUUUGUCUGUAUUUGGUGAUAAUUUGAGGCUUCAACAAGUUCUUGCGGAUUUCUUGUCGAAUGCUGUCAACUUCACUCCUGCAUUUGAAGGAUCUUCGGUUGUGUUUCGUGUAAAUCACAAGAUGGAACACAUAGGAGCCAAGAUUCAAGUCGCCCAUCUUGAAUUCAGAAUUACCCAUCCGGCACCGGGGAUCCCAGAAAAGUUGGUUCAGGAUAUGUUUCUCCAUAACCGAAGUGUCUCAAGAGAAGGGCUUGGACUUUACAUUAGCCAAAAGCUUGUUAAGAUCAUGAAUGGAACUGUGCAAUAUCUUAGGGAGGCUGAGAAAGCUUCCUUCAUAGUUAUGAUUGAGCUUCCAAUAGCACCCUCAUUGACAUCUGACAACAAACGAUCAAAAAGAGUCCUAUAACCAAAAUGGGAAAGUUUGAUUGGUGGAGUUUGUGUAAUCUGCUUCGCUUUUGUACAGAAAAAAAAGGGAUGGUGAUGAAGAGUUACAUACAAAACCUUGAGGAGCUUCAAAUUUGACGAAUUUGUUUGUAUCAAGAGAUUUUGAAUGAUGUUUAUGAUGAUGUACUAUAAUCUUGUAAUCCAUUCUUUAUAAUUUUGUUUUUGUACGUGAUGAUUACCUGGAUCAUCGCUUUAAUCUCAA